AGUGCCCGUAACGCUCACUUCCACUUCCUCUUAUAUUCUCAAAGAUUUCAACCCCACAGGCACACACACAAAGUGUUUGCUCAAAUUUCUCAGUGAAACACAAACACACAAAAGUGAGCCAAAAUGGGUGUCUCUUUCAAGGUUUCAAAGACAGGUAGGAGAUACCGGCCGAAGCAGAUUCAGACUGAGAACAACGACAACGACAACGACAGAGACAACGCCUCUGUCACUGAGUCUCAUGAGCAUAGUGUUAACGAGGGCAUUAGCAAUAUUUCUGGAAUAGGAGCCAAGGUUGUUGAGCAUUCAAAUGUGUUGAGCAACUCUGCACCAGACACAGUUUCAGAUGAUCUUGAAGUGUCCUUUUCACUGAAUUUAUUUCCAAAUGGAUUUUCUAUUGGAAAAGCUACUGAGUUGUUCAAUGAUGAACCAAAGCAACGACAUCCCUAUGAUAGGGCAUCAGAGACACUUUUCUCUGCAAUUGAAUAUGGUCGGCUACCUGGAGAUCUUUUUGAUGAUAUACCCUGCAAAUAUGUCAACGGGGCACUUCUAUGUGAGAUUCGAGAUUAUCGUAAUUUAUUGACCCAGAAAGGAGGAACUGCUGCUUCAAUGGAGAACUCUCCAAUUGUUCAUAAAGUGCUCCUACGUAUGUGUAUGGAACAGGUGGUCAAGGAUAUCUCCUUGAUUUCAGAGGAUUCUUGGACCUAUGAAGAUCUAUUGAAAAUUGAGUCCCGUAUUCUUAAGUCUUUGCAACCUGAUCUACACCUGAACCCAAAGCCAUUGCAGGACAGAUAUUACGGUGAACCCCUGAUAAAGAAGCUCAAUUUGGGAAUUGCAUGGAGCUGGAAAAGGAGAAAGGUGAGUGAUACAAUAGCGACUGAUACAACAUUCAGCAAUCCAUAUCAUGCUGCCCAAAUUUCAGGUAGUUCUGCUGUCCAGAAUUCUAGCUCUCAAUCUGGCAUUGCAAAUCAAGAUCGAGAAGUUACAUGUUCACAGCGUAAGAUUUUGAACUCUAAUCUUAAUCCACAAGAAAGAAAUGUUGUGGUAGAGACUACAUCACAAUCCAAUCCUUCGACAGCAAGCAAUCGAUUAACAGAUGGUUGUAACAAAUCUGGUUUGAUGGCUCUGACCACAUCGAAUAUUGUCAGCAUACCAAAACAACAUUUUAGUAACCGUAGAAGUGAUCUGACAAAAUCCCUGUUAAUGGCUCCUGGUGAGAAUGCUAGAUGUGAAACAAGAGCACUUCAAGAACACAUCCUUAAGAAACCCAAGCAAGAGCCUGUAGAGUUUUGCCAAAAGCAGCUUCCUGGAAAUCAACCUGAAAGCAUUCUCACACCUGAACUACAGUGGAAGAAUGAUCUGUUACAUCAGAAAAAUGUGGCUGAAAAGCUUAGAGGUGAAAAUUUUCAGGAAGAAUCAAAUUCGCUGUUAACAAACAGUGGUAUUCAAAGGCUGCUUGCUGGAAUGCCCACUUUUUCAGUGAAACAAGAGCCUGUGGAAACUAGUUUCUGGGGUUCAGAUGUUAGGAAGAUAACUGAUAACUUUGUGAUGGAUAGAAGAAUUAGUCAAUAUAUUCUUCAGCAAUCACAACAGCAACAACCAUCGCCACAUUUAAGAGCCAAUGUCCAGGCCCUGCCUAACUACUCAUUGUGUAAUCAAGUUGCUCAGGUUAACGAAAGUCUGAGAAAUGAAAGUGCCACUCACAAGAGAAAAGCUUUGCAGAAUCCACGGGCUACAACUGUUUUGAGAAGUGCAACUAUAAGUUCUCAACACAAUGAUUAUCUGGCAAAAAAAGCAUCAGUACCUCCAAAGCAGAAAACAAAAAUUUUUCAGUCUACAGGCUUGAAUAUAAAAGUAGUUGAUUCUUCUGCUAGCAUGAGAAAUUCGAAUGCAGCCAAUGGAAGCAACCUUCCAGUUGGAAAUGUUCCUUUACUUAAGCCUUCACAAACUGAAGUCAACCCUGUUCUUGAGAGAUUCUUGAAGAUUGAAGGGGUGACUCGACGGUAUGAACUGAACAACAUGAAGCGCAAAUUAAACCAGUUUCUGCAAAGAAACUCGGUUUUAUGUACAACUUCUCCGAUUGCUUCGCAGUUCUUAUGUUCUGAGGGGAACAGAAAGUCAAAGGAUGCUGCUAUAGAUGAAGUUCCUAUGUCUAUGGACAGGAGACCUAAUGUCUGUAAGACUAGAACCAUGAAAUUUGUACGUCAAUGUCAUGUCUAUCAAGGAAAUGAGAUCCAUAUGGUUGAAAGCAAGGAUCAGAUCACACUGGUCAUAUCAGAAAAACUUAGAGAGGGAAUACUGGAAGCAAGUCUUCGUUAUGGAAAUGAAGAAGAGAUUAAUUCUUUUGUUAUCCCUCUCGCUUUUUCUAGCACUCCUUCAGCGGACCUUUUUGCUUCUCAGUUCACCUCAUUGAUGGGGGAUGAAGGAUACCACAUAGCUCUCAAUCGUGUAGAGCCUAUUUUUCUUGACACUGAUGUUGACUCUAGCAGUCCUCAGUCAAUUGUCAUAGCUAAUGCUACUCCAGCAACUGGAACAGUUGGACUUCCUUCCCCAACUUUGAUUUCUGGGAUAUCAUCCUCCAUGCUCAAUCCAAUGCCUUCCAGCUUCUCAGCCAGUAAUGCCAUGCCAUUACUAUCCCCAGACGUUUUCUCUAGAUAUCACUUGCUUUCCCCUGGAAACAUAUUCUCUAAUCUUCCAGCAGCAGAUAUGGCAAUGCUGAGGACAGCAGAAGGCCAAGGGAGAACCUUGUUCAGUGGAGUUCCAAGUCACAGAAUUACUAGUGGAAUGACAAUGGACACAUUGAAUCUUCCAUGCAUGGCAAGUAACUUGAACAACCAGCGGCAGAUGCAUCUACAAUUACCAGAACAACUACAUAUGCUGCAGCAGCUAGAGGAAAUGAAAUCACUUCUCCAACCUCCUGCUGUGGCUAGUUUAGCUGGGAAUGCGGGUGUGCCUUUUACCAUGCAAGAAUAUGAUCUACAGCCUCAAAUGAGCCCACAGCAACUAAGCCCCAGCUUGGAAUUAAUUUGGAAGUUCGUAACUGAGCUUGGAACAUUGGACACAUUGAUCUGAAGGUAGUAGCAAUAGAUAGGCUCUUAUUACAAGAUGACAUUCUGGGUUGAUCUGGUGGUGUAAUUAGCCAGGGGUGAUAUAUAUAGCAAAUACCAAGGUUAGGGAUAUAUAUAGUCAUUUUGUUUCAAAAUAAAAAUGUCUGCUUUUCUUGCUAACUUUGUGUAAAUUGGCAGGGGUUAUCCAUAGUUAAAAGCCUUUUCUUUUGUAUGUGAAGCACUUGUGUUAAUAUCAGU